CAAGCUUAUGUGUAGGGAUUGACUGAAAGGAUCAGCCGAGUGGCUGUAUGUGUACCUUUCAGUGUCGGCAAGCUUUGGCUCCGCAUCAAGACAUUUAAAGAUCGAUCGCCCUUAAUGCUUGAAGCAGUUUAACUAGACUGCAAAAGGUCUACUGUACAUAGCCACAUAAAGAGCCUCACACACCCAGACCUUUUCGUGAUUUGCCCACAAAAGACGAACAUUCUGCGAAGUGGAAAUGAAUACCAAACCAGUCAUUUAUAUGCUGCAUGGAGCAUGGCACAGUCCUGCCUAUUUCGUCACGGUCAAGUCCAUGUUCGAAGCUCGGGGAUAUAAGGUAAUAUCUCCUCAAGUGCCGACCUCGGGGGCUGUGCCUCCCACGAAGACAUUGUACGACGAUGCCGACUUCGUGCGUGGGGAGCUUGAGCCGUUGAUUGAGCACGGUCAAGAUGUUGUCUUGGUCAUGCACUCGUACGGCGGCGUGGUUGGCACUCAGGCGGCUGCUGGACUGGGGAAAGCCGAAAGACAAAACCGAGGCCUAAAGGGCGGCAUUGUUCAUCUUUUCUAUGCUUGCUCAUUCAUCGUGGCCUUGGGGCAGAGUCUUUGCGAUCCUUUGGGAGGCAAACUCGCGCCUUGGAUCAAAGCCGAAGACGAUGGCAGUUGCAAUCCCAUGGAUCCUGAACAGCUUUUCUAUCAGGACCUGCCUGCUGAUCAACAGAAGUACUGGGCUGCGCAGUUGAAGCAUCAUGUCGCUCAAAGUCAGCUCGAUCCAGUCAAUCGGGUGGCAUACAAGAACAUUCCGGUCAGCUAUCUGUACUGCGAGAAUGACCAAGCUUUGCCUCUGCAAUUUCAAAAGCUCAUGGUCAAGCAAUGUGGUGUCGAGGUGAAGGAAUAUACGUGCGAUGCCGGGCAUUCUCCUUUCUUGAGUCAGCCUGACAUGUUCGUCGAUUGCAUCGUCCAGGCGGCGGAAUCGACUACGUGACCGACCCCAGGUCUGGGUCUUGAGUCAUGGGGACCCCGCGCGUAGAUUUGGAUCAGCAGGACAGGAUCUGAGAUGCGUCAAGCCACUUCCGGACGGCGCUCCGGAAGAUUAAUCAACGUAUGAACCAGGAUGUUGAGAACGAGCAGUCGAUCGCGUGAUCUGAACCGAGGCAGAGUGAACGGGCGCGCGACACUCCAUCAAAAAGGCUCGAAAGAUGUUUGACACUGAUGUGGGAGUGUACUGCAGAAAGUCUGUCUAUGUGCAAGGAUCAUAGAGAGAACAGUCAGAACUGCCUCGCGCGAAAGAAGUCGUUGAUUUCGUGUUUAAUUGGAGCAAAA